CAGUUUUCAUACCACUAUGCUCUACACCUCACAAUUUCAUAUCCUCUUUUUCGUUUUUCACACUUUUGAAAAGGUAGGCUAGCGCCAUCCUCCAUUUUCACGCAGAGAGAAAAAAGAUCGGAGAAGACGAAGAGUAGGGAUCACGAGAGUGGGGCGAAGCGCAGGGGCUGGGGUUCUAUCCCCAUGGACAACUUACUGACGACUCAGGAGUAGAAGCGGCGGAGGGAGUUGGGCGCAGAGGAAGGAGUCGAUUCGGAAGGCACGCAACUUUUCCAUAAUCAAAGCGCAACUUCGAACGAUGGAAGUAAGUGGCAGCCAGAAAGGUGGAAUAUUAUGGUUCUUCAAGGAUAAAGGUUUUGAUGACAAAAGCAUCCAAAACAUGUUUAGAAAAUGCAAGCGGCUUGAAACCUUGGAAAAGGAAAAAGCCUCCCGAAACUGGGAUUAUUUCCGAAGCUUGGGUAUUCAAGAGAGGAAACUUCCACCUGUUGUGAUCAAGUGCCCAAAAAUCCUCACAUUUGGCGUGGAUGAGACGCUUGAGCCAAUGGUUCAAUGCCUCAAAACAUUGGCUACAAAACCCGAAGAGGUUGCUACAACUAUCAUCAAGUUCCCUUACAUUUUUUCCCACAGUGCUGAAGGAAAAUUGUGCCCUUUAUUAGGUUUUCUUGAGGCACUCGGGAUUCCAGAAAAGCAGAUUGGGAAAAUGGUGUUGCUGAAUCCUAGAAUCAUCAGCUAUAGUAUAGAACGGAAGCUUGCUCGGCUAGUCAAUUUCUUUGAGAAGCUUGGCCUAACUGAUGAAGGUAUGAUUGGCAAAAUUCUGGUGAAGAAUCCACAUAUAAUGGGUUACAACAUUGAGAAGAGGCUGCAGCCUACUGCCGACUUUCUAAAGAAAGUCGGCUUGGGAAUGACAGAUCUUCAGAAGGUGGCUCUAAAUUAUUCAGAGGUUCUGUGUAGAGACGCUAACAAAGUCCUUGAACCUAACAUCGUCUAUUUGAAGAGCACUGGGUUUAGUGACAAGCAGAUAGCGACUGUGGUGUCGGGUUACCCUCCUGUACUGAUAAAAAGUGUUAAGAACUCCUUAGAACCAAAGAUGAAGUUUCUAGUACAAGUGAUGGGUAGACAAAUUCAGGACGUUGUCGAUUAUCCAGAAUUUUUUCGAUAUGGGUUGAAGAAGAGCUUGAGAAUGAGGCAAAAGAUUUUGGCACAAAGGGACAUUGAUUUUAGCUUGAAGGAGAUGCUUUACUAUAACCGAAAUAAGUUCUGCCUGAAAUAUGGUUCAACUUAGGUUUAAGUAUCUUCCUCUUUUCUUACUAGUUUCACGAGCUACUUGUGCAUUACAUUGCUAUGGCAAAAUACAUUGUUGGUUGUUUUUAUAUUGAUUUGGUGUGUUGAGCAAAAAGUCCCAAAUCUAUGGACUGUGGACAACAAUUCUGUAAGGAUCCCUUUAUUCCAAUUAUUUGUUUAAGGUCAUCAUUAUCAUUUCUAAUUAGUGUUAGAGUUUGGGUUCUUUUCUUUAUGGUGCAACAUUUAAAAUGCUAAAGCUAAAUGUUGUCGUU